AUGUUCGCUAAGUUGGUCAUACUUUUCGUUAUCUUGGCCCUUGCUGCGGCUCGGCCACAGCUGUACUCUAGCUAUGGGUACAACGGCUACCAGGCUGGUUAUCCAGGAUAUUCAAGUUACUCUGGUUACUCAAACCCUGCCGCUUAUUCCGGUUAUGGCGGCUACUCCGGCUAUCCCUACAACUAUUACGGCUAUUAC